AAAUCCUUCAAAACACUUCAAUUUGAGCUCCACAAUGGUGUGUUCUAUCCUCAGAUCUGGAGCUAAUAGACGUAUUCGUGCUACAGAUAAUCGAGUUUUCGUCAGAGUUUAUUAGAUUCACGGAUCCGACCGUUUUUUCCGGUGAGACAUUUAGGUGUUCGACUCGCGAUGGUGAAAAUGGGGUACUCGUUUCCAGAUGAUGUAUUGGAGCACAUAUUCUCGUUCAUAACCUCCGAUAAGGACAGAAAUGUGGUUUCAUUGGUGUGCAAAUCGUGGUAUGAGAUAGAGCGGUGGUGUCGUCGGAGGAUUUUCGUUGGAAACUGUUACGCUGUGAGCCCCGGGAUGGUGAUUAGGAGGUUUCCGGAUGUAAGAUCGGUGGAGUUGAAAGGGAAGCCGCAUUUUGCGGAUUUCAAUUUGGUACCGGAUGGUUGGGGAGGAUAUGUUUACCCUUGGAUCGCUGAGUUUUCUAGGGCAUACCCUUGGUUAGAGGAGAUAAGACUUAAGCGGAUGGUGGUUACUGAUGAGAGCUUAGAGUUGAUAUCUAAGUCUUUUAAAAGCUUUAAGGUUUUAGUUUUGUCAUCAUGUGAAGGUUUCAGUACUGAUGGACUUGCUGCCAUUGCCGCUAAUUGCAGAAAUUUGAGAGAACUGGAUUUGCAGGAGAGUGAAGUCGAGGAUCUAAGUGGGCAUUGGCUAAGUCACUUCCCGGAUACUUUUACCUCAUUGGAGUCUAUUAACAUGGCUUGCUUGGGUUCCGAGGUGAGUUUUUCAGCCCUUGAGCGCCUGGUUGCUUGUUCACCCAACUUGAAGACUCUUCGUCUCAAUCGUGCUGUACCCCUUGACAAGCUCUCAACACUGCUACACCGGGCCCCACAGCUGGUUGAGCUUGGUACAGGUGCUUACUCUGCAGAAGUUAGACCUGAUACGUAUUCACGUCUAGCAGAGGCUUUCUCAUGCUGUAAGAAGCUUAAGGGCCUUUCGGGGUUUUGGGACGUGGUUCCAUCAUAUCUUCCUGCCGUAUAUUCUGUUUGUUCUAGGCUCACAUCACUGAACUUGAGCUAUUCCUCUAUUCGAAGUCCGGAUAUCACCAAGAUCAUAAGUGAGUGCCGUAAUCUGCAGCGUCUAUGGGUACUCGAUUACAUCGAGGAUACCGGGCUUUAUGCCCUCUCUAUAUCAUGUAAGGACCUAGAAGAAUUGAGGGUGUUCCCGUCUGAUCCAUAUGUUGGCGAUGCAAAUGUAUCCUUGACAGAACGAGGCCUUGUAUCGGUUUGUCGGGGUUGCCCCAAGCUCCAGUCGGUUCUCUACUUCUGUCGACAAAUGUCAAAUUCCGCAUUGUUUGCCAUUGCUAGGAACCGUCCUAACUUGACAUGCUUCCGGCUAUGUAUUAUUGAACCUCAAGCUCCCGAUUAUCUCACAUUUGAACCACUCGAUGCUGGGUUUGGAGCCAUAGUAGAACACUGCAAGGAACUUCGGCGCCUUUCGUUAUCUGGUUUCCUAACCGAUCGUGUGUUUGAGUACAUCGGGACACACGCUAAGAGAUUGGAGAUGCUUUCUAUAGCCUUUGCUGGGGAUAGUGAUUUAGGUCUACAUUCAGUUUUGUCGGGGUGUGACAGCUUACGGAAACUGGAGAUUCGAGAUUGCCCUUUUGGGGAUAAGGCUCUGUUAGCCAACGUUGCCAAAUUGGAGACAAUGCGGUCCCUUUGGAUGUCUUCAUGCUCGGUCAGUUUUGGCGCGUGUAAACUAUUAAGUCAAAUGAUGCCUCGGCUUAAUGUUGAAGUUAUAGAUGAACGGGAUUGCUCAGAUUCCAAGGCCGAUGGCUGUUUGGUUGAAAAGCUUUAUGUAUACCGCACGGUUGCUGGUCCAAGGAUCGACAUGCCUGACUUUAUAUGGACUAUGGAUCAAGACCGUGCUUACAGGUCGAGAAAUCGUCUUUCCGAUUGAAUUAGCGGUGGGUAUAGAAGGUACGCCGAUAUAUUAGUUGCCUUAUGCUUACCGUAGUUAGGUUACCAGAGCAUUAAGUUAAAUGAAGGGUUUGCAGUUGCUUUACCAUAUUUAUGUUUUUCUUGUACCUGCUUAUAAUUGUCAUGUUGUUGCUUCUCAAAAUAUAUCUUACAAUGUUUUUCUUUCUUUAGCACACAUUUCAAAAACCGUUUUU